UUAUGAUGUAUCUACAGAUUAUUUAUAUGCUGUAAACGACUCACCAAUCUAUAGAUACAAUCUGAACUGAUCGACGGAAAAUAAUCCAGAUAAAAUUAAUAAAAAAAUUUUAAACCAACUUAUAUUAUUGUACCUAACAGAAUUAAUAUUUGUGUCUGGUUAGAGAUGGAAACAGAGAAAAAUUGUCCUUUUGAAAUUAAAGAUGUGCCUGCAGAGGAAAUGGCUGAAGUGCAUAAACAUGUAACAGGUGUAAAACAUGACUGUAUUCGUAUUGGUCCAACUGGCUACUUCUUCCCAAAUGGGUUCAAAGAAAAUUGUCUCAAAAUAUACAAUAUGGAAGUUAGACCCAGCGAUGUUUUCGUAGUUACCUUCCCAAAAUCAGGAACAACGUGGACCCAGGAGCUUGUUUGGUUAAUAGGAAAUAAUUUGGAUUACGAGACGGCAGCGAAAUCGCCUCUUGCUAUACGAUUUCCGUUCAUCGAGUAUAGGAUGUUUUUGUAUAGCCCAAAUACAAAAAAGUGGAUAAAAGAUUGGGUACACAAAGACACUUUUAUGAACCGUACACCAAAUAUUGAUAAAAUAUUCAACGCACCUUCGCCCCGCUUCAUCAAGUCUCACCUGCCAUUCUCCCUACUGCCGCCCACAUUGCUGGACACCGCGAAAGUGGUGUACGUGGCCAGAGAUCCAAGAGACGCCGCUGUCUCCUAUUACCACCAUUGCAAGAUGAUGCAAAUGUAUGGUUUCAAAGGCGACUUUAAAGCAUUCUGGAAUUUAUUCAUCACUAAUAGAGUUGAUUGGACUCCGUAUGAAGGACACAUCAAAGAAGCGUGGGAGAAAAGGCAUCAUCCCAAUAUGCUAUUUCUGUUCUACGAAGAUCUCUGUAAGGAUUUGCCAGCAGCAGUACGCCGAGUAGCAAAGUUUCUCAACAAGCCGUUGACGGAUGAUCAAGUGACGCGACUCUGUGACCACUUACACAUCGAUAACUUCAGAAAGAAUAAGUCCGUCAACUUAGAAAUGCUGAAAGAUAUCGGUUAUAUAAAUAAAAAUGACCACUUCAUUAGGAAAGGCAAAGCGGGCGGAUGGCGCGAGCACUUCGAUGAGGAGAUGACGCAGCAAGCUGAGCGCUGGAUGAAGGACAACUUGGGGGGCACUGGCAUACACUUUCCUGAAAUUAACUAAUGAUUUACUAUUCAUGAGACAAAAACCUUUACUCAAGUUAAUAAAAAAAAAAAUAUAUUGUACAAGUAAUUAUAAAAAUAAUAAGUGCAGAGUAGCUUAUGUAUAUAGAUAGUAUACUACAUACAAUUUAACAGUGAAAAAUUCAAAGGUGUUUUAGAGCAAGUAUGGGAUAUUCUGCUAAAUAUAUAAUAUGUUUAAAUAGGUAUUUUUGCAUUUUCUAGUACCGUCAACAGAAGGGUUAUUUGCACUUAAGGAAGACUAAUCAUUAAUCUAAACGUCAAUUGGUAAAGAACGUUAAGUGCUGUAAAUGUUCAAAAAAUGGGCCCAUUGGAAACAAUACCAUCUAGCACACAUUUCUAAAAUACAUCUAGAUAGAACUUUUUCAUAAGUAGUAGAAGUAACACUGACCUAGCUAACAUUUUAUUUGAUUUUAAAUAUAAAGAAAAUAAAACAAGAACCUAAAGUACAAUCUCGUUUUCUUUAAAAAUAGUACCUGGUAUGGCAAUCACUUUACUUGCACUUUAUUCUUUAUUCUUUAUUGUACACAAAAGGUUAUUGAAAUGUAAAAACAAACAUAAUAGUGCACAUUACACUUAUGAUUAAAACUGAUGCGUGUUACGAUAUUUGUUAUAAUUCUUAUUGUAGUGGAUAUAAAUCGCGUUACAUAAUAUACAAUUGAA